AAUCCAACUUGUCAAUAUUUGGUUGCAUUGUGUUAUUUUGAAGUUGGAAAAUUCCAGUCAGCAUUGGAGGUUUUAGAGCCAACGGAAACAACAACCGUCACGUUAAAAACAGAAGAACCACUCAGCGUCCCAGAAAUAGAUGAUACUAUGUCGUAAGUGGAAUGUUCACUACACUUACUCAAAGGAUACAUACAUGAAGCCAGUGACAAUAGGGCCUUAGCGGCGAAGAGUUUCCGAGCUGCCAUUCAAGCUGAUCCCUUAUGUUAUGAGGCAGUUCAUGCCUACCAGCACCACAUGCUGACAGUCAAAGAAGAAAAAGAGCUUCUGGCUUCACUACCUCUCUCUAAAGUAUGCAGUGAGCCUGAAAGUGCUGUGGUAACGGCUGUUUACGAAACUAGAGUGAAUAAAUACAGUUCGCCUAACCAACCUUUGCCAAAACCUGCUGAGCCCUUAGCAUUGAAUGCAGACUUCAUUACAGCACAGGCAGAAAAGUUAUAUUAUAACUGUAAUUUUGCACAAUGUCAUCGGUUAACACAGGAAGUUUUGAAAAAAGACCCAUAUCACACUGGCUGUUUACCUAUACACAUAUCAUGCUUGGUAGAACUGAAACAAUCAAAUAAUUUAUUCUUAUUAGCACACAAGUUGGUUGAUCUGUAUCCUGAAAGUGCCCUUGCUUGGUUUGCUGUUGGAUGUUAUUAUUAUUUGAUAGGUAAGAAUGAACAGGCACGUAGGUACCUGAGUAAAGCAACGGCAUUAGACAGAGUUUUUGGGCCGGCUUGGAUAGCAUAUGGUCAUUCAUUUGCAGCUGAAAACGAGCAUGAUCAGGCCAUGGCAGCAUACUUCAAAGCAGCGCAACUCAUGAGGGGUUGUCAUUUACCACAGCUCUAUUUAGGAAUGGAAUAUGGCCUCACAAACAACCCCAAGUUUGCUGAAAAGUUUUUCAAGGAGGCUUUAGAUAUUGCACCAGAAGAUCCUUUUGUGUUACAUGAACUUGGAGUUGUGGCUUUCAGUAAUCAAGAAUAUGAAUCAGCUGAAGAGUAUAUGCGGCGAGCAGUAACCUUGGUUGAAGAAAGUGGGGUGGUUGUUGUACCAGAAAAAUGGGCAGUGUUACUGAAUAACUUAGCUCACGCAUGUCGCAAAUUGCAAAAAUAUGAAGAAGCACUUCACUUUCAUCAGCAGGCAUUGUGGCUGUGUCCAGGUGUCUCAUCAACAUACUCUGCUUUGGGCUUAGUGCAGUCAUUGCUGGGGGACUAUGAGGCAGCUGUUGUGUCACUUCACAAAGCACUCUCUCUCCACAGAGAUGACACUACAGCAACAAAUUUACUUUCUAAAGUUAUGGAACAACUCAUGUCUCAAGCUCCAGCUUUUCAAGGUGAUGACAAUUUGCCAUCUCUAGAUCUUCCCUCAGAACUUGUGGGUACUGAAACUAACACAAGUGACCUUACAAGCGAUAUCACUCCUGCAUCAGCUGAUGAUCCCCUAAGUGAUACUAAUCUUUUAGGUUCCAGUAUAGGUCAGCCAGUAAUGCAUUCAUCCGACAUAGACAACACCUCCCUGACCCCAAGUCAGUCUUCUGCUCUCAUCAUCGAAGAUAUGGUCAUGGAUGACCAGAGUCCAUAAGCAUUUUUGUGCAGUUGUAAUUUAAAUACUUGAUAAUAAAGUUAAGGAGAGAUUCAACAUUUUUUCAGAUGCACUAUUGGGCAUUGCAAGGCUAAGUAAAAUAACGUCCACAGGUAUUCUUCAAAAUACUUGGGGAGGGUACCUUAGUCUUUGACCACUCUCGAAAGCUAUAUCUAAAACAUCGUAAAGAAAACAAAGUAUGUAGGUAUGACUGAUAAAUUUUUAUAACUACUUUUUUGCAA